UGAGCAAUGAGAACUCAAAUUUAUUCUUGUUGUAGCUUCUCAUACUAUUGAUGAACAGCUCACAGAUCCUCUUAGCUAAUACUGUGUGUAGUAUGUAAUACCAUAGCUGUCUUGUUUCUUGUUCUUAAAAGAAGAUCAAACUCCUGUCUUCACUUUCCCCACCAGGACCUUAUAUUUCUUUAUCUUAAAGAAUUUAAUAUGGGUCAAGCAUGUGGUUGCAUUCAAGUGGAGCAAUCAAAAGUUGUUAUCAGGGAACACUUUGGGAAGUAUGAUGCUGUGCUGGAGCCUGGCUGCCACUGCAUGCCGUGGUGCCUGGGAUACAAAGUGUCUGGUAAACUUUCUCUGCGUGUCCAACAACUUGAUAUUAAGUGCGAAACAAAAACAAAGGAUAAUGUAUUUGUCAAUGUGGUUGCCUCUAUUCAAUAUCGUGCUUUGGCAGAAAAAGCCGCAGACGCCUACUAUAAGCUCUCCAACACCAAAGCUCAGAUUCAAGCCUAUGUUUUUGAUGUUAUCAGGGCAAGUGUUCCGAAGUUGAGCUUGGAUGCUGCUUUUGAACAGAAGAAUGAAAUUGCAAAAGCUGUUGAAGAUGAACUUGAAAAAGCCAUGUCUGCAUAUGGAUUUGAAAUAGUGCAGACUCUUAUUGUGGAUAUAGAACCAGAUACUCAUGUGAAGAAGGCAAUGAACGAGAUAAAUGCAGCUGCAAGACAGAGAGUGGCGGCAAGUGAAAAGGCAGAAGGAGUUAAAAUAUUGCAGAUAAAACGAGCAGAAGGAGAAGCAGAAUCCAAAUACCUUUCAGGGAUUGGCAUAGCUCGUCAGCGCCAGGCGAUAGUUGAUGGACUAAGAGAUAGUGUGCUUGGAUUCUCUGAGAAUGUUCCUGGAACAAGUGCUAAGGAUGUGUUGGAUAUGGUGCUGUUGACUCAAUACUUUGAUACAAUGAAAGAAAUUGGAGCAUCCUCAAAAUCCUCAUCUGUUUUCAUUCCACAUGGCCCUGGUGCAGUGAGAGAUAUUGCAUCGCAGAUUCGUGGUGGACUUCUUCAGGGGAACUCUGCAAAUCAGCGCUUCAGCGGAUGUAUGGAAACUUGUGUGCCUGCUAAUGAGUAAGACUUCUAUUGUAUUAUGUGUGCUUUGUGUUUGCUGCUUGUUGAAAUAGUACAAAGUCUAAGGUGUGGGUUUUAAGAAUUAGAAACAAUAUGGAUGAUGUUCAUUCCAACUGCUGCCAUUACAAAAGUAAUCAAUAUUUUUGACAUUAAAAGAUACUUUUCGCCAGUAUUUAUUUCAAAGAAUACUAUCAAUUCUGCAAAAAAACUGCUCAUGUCCGGCCGCCUAUCGGUGCUAGUGGUGUAGGGUUAACCUUCAAUACAAAACCCAUAGACAUAGGUGUAGGUGUAACCUUUCGUUUAAUACUAGAAUUGAUAUUGUAAGGGGAGCUAGCAAUAAGAUGCUGAAUGUCAUGAAAAUUUUUUGCAUUGAGGUAGAGGUUAAUGGGGAUGGACUAUGAAUUCGUUGGCAUAUGUCUAUGCUGGUUCAUAUCCAGCUCGUCCCAAUAGUUCACUGUUUAUAUCUGCUAGCAUUUCAUUAAAUCACUGAUUUUUUGCAAAAUAGAUCUGUGUGUAGGGACAGUGGAUCAGAUAAAAUUCUCUGGUUUCUGUGAACAACUGCUGAAAAUCAAUAGAUGCUGCAUAUAUGUAUUUCUUACACUGAUAGUUGUUGGAAAAAAAGAUGAAAACUUGGAAUCUUGUAUCAGAUAGGCAUAAAAUACUGGAUUAGUUUCCAAGUGCCAAGUGGAUAUUGGAUAUUCUCUCAAAGCUUCAUUUCCUUUAUUAUAUGAAGAAUUACGAUUUGGUCCUUGUGGAUUAGUGAUAUUAACUACUUACUCCCUCUAUUUUAAAAAACGUAUUAAUUAAUCCAUGUCUUUUCAAAUGGAUAACUAUUUAGUCCCUUGUAUUAAUUG